AUGCGAUUCGCGUACCGCGCUCCCGCCGCGGGGCACGGCUCGCCCUGCGAGCAGCGCCCAAGGCUGACCGGGGCGCAGCGUGCACUGACGUGCGUGCCGCGCGUGUCUCCGGCCAAGUCUGCGUUCUCGCGCACAAUCCCUGGCGAGCCGGUCUGCAAGGGACCCGUGCGCGCCCUCGCCGCCGACCUCAGGAGCCCACAAGCAGCGUCUGAUGCAUUUUCGACUCUGCUGCAAGAGGCGGGCGGUGCGGGCGUGGUGGAGCUGCGGGAGGACGCGGAGUGGGGCAGGGGCCUUUUCGUGACGGAGAACAUUAGCAAGGGGCAGGCGAUCCUGAGUGUGCCGCUCGAGGCUUGCAUCGUGACGACGUCUGAGGGUGGAUUCCAGGGCCCGGACGGCGAAUACGCGCUGGUGAGGAAGUUCUGGGUGGACAUGGACCUGGACCUCCCGUGGUACAUCAUUCAGGCGCUCGCCCUGGUCGACUGCAUGCAGGGCACCGGUUCGGACGCCCUCGCGCAGUACGCGCGCACGCUGAUGCCGCGCCCCAGCGAGCUCGCCCACCCGUUCCUGCUCGACGAGGAGCUGCGCGCUGAGUUCCGCCACCCAGAGCUGCAGCGGGCCGCGGAGGCACAGCGCGAGCGGCUGCGCGAGAUCUUCGGGCCGGACAUGGUGCCGGACGUGGGGCCCUCGCUGCUGCUGUGGGGCUUCGCGUGCGCGCGGUCCCGCGCGAUGGCCACGCGCUCGCGCACCGCGGCCGGGAACGAGGCGGAGCAGGCGGGCGGCGAGGAGAUGUUCGUGUUCCCGCCGUUCCUCGACCAGGCGAACCACGACCACAACCCGAACUGCGACUUCCGCGUGUCGCCCUCCGGGGAGGCGAUCGAGCUGUUUGCCGUGCGCGCCAUCAAGGCCGGGGCGGAGGCGACCAUCUCGUACACGGGGCCGCAGGGGCAGCCGAACCAGCGGCUGAUGGCGCAGUACGGCUUCGUGCCGCUCAACGGCAACCCGGGGGACCGGAUUCCGGACUUGAAGGACGUUGUUGUGGAGGGGGCUGCAGGGCUGUGCGGGGCGCGGCUGCAGCGCGUGAUCGGGGACCAGGCGUGGAUGGACAUGGCUGCGGGGGCGUCCGCGGAGGGCAACCGGCUCGCUGCGGUGCUGCGGUCGCUGCCCGUCGCGGGUGAUGCGCAGGAGGGGGAGGGCCCGGCGGAGGACGCGGACGUUGCGCUGGUCGACGCGAUCCGCGAGGAGUGCGAGGCGCGACUGGACGUGAUGCGCCGCGUCGGGAGCGUGGAGGAGGACGCGCGGCUGCUGGGCGAGCUGCGAACGAGUGACCCGCGGCGGUGGUGGGCCGUGGUGUACCGCAGCGAGCGGCGCGCGCUGCUGGAGCGGGCGGUCGCGCUGCUCAAGGCGUACAAGAAGGCGAUGACGCCCCUCGCAGGCUGA